AUGUCGGCUUCGAAUAUUACUGUGUAUUUUCUCGGUGCCUCAAGAGCCAUUCGGGCAACUUGGUUGCUUGAGGAGCUUGGUCUUCCUUACAACCUAGUGUCCGAGGAUCGUGCAGCAAAUAGGCUCGCAUCGCCCGAGGUUCAAGCAAAGAUCCCGGCUCCUUUGAAGAAGUCACCAACCAUCAAAGACGGCGAUACAGUUGUACAGGAAAGCGGAGCAAUCAUGGAUAUGACACCAAGAGCCAGCUGCAGUCGAGAUCCUGAUGUGCGGGCCAAGACUCGUGAAUGGGUCCACGCGGCCGAGGGCGUCUUCAUGCUGCACGGUCUCGCGGUGCUAUACGCACGCUGGACCAUCCCCGAGAAUGCAAAGUCGGCGGCUCUGCCCGAGAUGGAGAAAAAACUCGCCGUCAAUGUCCACAAGGAUCUGGACUGGGUCGAAGAGCAUGUCAGGAAGCAGGGCACAAAGUUCCUCAUGGGGGAUGCCGUGUCUGUGGCAGACAUUAUGAUGCAAUUUAGUAUUGAACUAAUCUAUGUCAGCAAAUUGGGAGUCAGUGCCGAGGAGGUCGGCGAGACGGGUGGUGAUGGACGCUGGCCUCUGACCAAGCAGUGGCUGGGUCGUUGCAUGAGUACGCCUUCUUUCACGAAAGCCGUGAAAAAGUCGGGCUAUAGUUUGGAAUCGUUUAGAAAUUAG